UACCAAAACAAAAGCCACUGCCUCCACUUCGGCGCGGAGAAAGCAGGAAUUCAAUGUAUCCGCAAAGAAAUUGCGAACAGCGGAGCAGAGAAAGUUUGCAGGGCAAAGGCCUUUACCCGAGCCAACACAUGUUGGUCAUUUCGUAAUGAUGAUGGUAAUGAAAAUUUGCCGCAUGAUUUUGUUUGUUGACACGUCGGUGAAAAUUGGAGUAUAUUUGAUUGGAGUAAUGAUUGGAUCAAUUAUAUGCGAUCUUUUUUUAGUUCCAAAGAUUUACAUGGCAGAAAGAAGAAAUCCUCUAAAUCAAUACUUCAUCAAGUUUGGCUGGGGGUGGACAUUCACUUUCAUUGGUGCCUACCUAGGUUUGACAUGUCUAGUAUACUGCUGUGGAGAUUUACGAAGAAUGAGCCAGCAUUUCCUUCGACUUGUUGUUGGAACAUUUUGGUGGUAUGCGUGUACCUCAUUAUUCACACACGUUGAAACGAUUAUGGGCAUAUGCACAGCUUCAGUGCAUGGAGAUAAAAAUUCUUGUCUAGAGGCUGGAAAAAGCUGGCUGGGAUUUGAUAUAUCAGGCCAUGUAUUUUUGGAAAUUCACUGCCUACUGAUAAUAUCAGAAGAAGUUAAGACAUUUAAAGAAUGGAGUAAACUUGGCACAAUUCUUGAAGAUGAAAAUUUAAAAGACAGACGGAAUCUCUCCGAAGAGGAAAUUGGCCAGGCAAGGAUGAACUACAAAACCUUAACUCCCUACAUUAAAGGACUAAUAGUUUGUCUAACAAUAAUUCUCGUGCUGUUUGAGUUUAUGCUGCUUAUUUCAACUAUUUACAGAUUUCACACACUUUCCCAAAAAGUCACAGCUUCAUUUGUUGCAGUUAUCUGCUGGUUCAUGAGUUAUCAAGUUUUUUAUAGAUCAGGGAAUCCUUUUCCAUUUAUGCCUGUUAUGCCUGGCACAAGCCCAUUGCAGUUUAUGAGAAAUAAUUAAAGAAAAUGUCGUGGUUUUGCCUAUUUAUUAUAUAGCCUGUUCCUUUUUACUCCCACUUAAAUAAAUUCAUCCCUGUUAUAUUUUUAUGUAUUCAAUGCUAUAACUUAAUAUAACUAUAAGGUGAAAAAUUGGGAGAGAAAAGCUUCCUGA